CAUUCAAUAACACCCCCCCCCCAAAAAAUAAUACUUUAUUCCUCUCUCUUAAUUUUAUUUUUUUACUUUGUUUGAGAGAGAGAGGAUCAAUAAUUUCUUGUUGAAAAAUGGAGAUUAUUAGUCCUAGUAGUAGCAGCAAUAACAAUUCACCUGUUCUUGCAACAUUUCUUGUGGUUCUUGUAGUGCUCCUAGCAUCAUCACGGCCAGCCUCGUCGCAGAACCAGCAAUCCUUCACCAUCAACCCCGGCGGCGCCGCGGCGGCGAGGCCCGGCGGCGGUAAAGGCGGCGGCGGCGGCGGCGGGCCGGGCAGCUUCAGCGACUUCCUGACCCAGAACGUGCAGCACUACGUGCUGAGCGAGCAGAAGUACGCCGGGAAGGUGAAGGCGCUGGACGCGGAGCUGUCGGCAGCGGAGGCCGGCGCGGCGAGGUACGUGGUGAGCGGCGACGGGAAGGGGAAGUUCAGGACCAUCACCGAGGCCAUCAAGGCCGUGCCGGAGUACAACAAGAAGAGGGUCAUCCUCGACAUCAGGCCCGGCACCUACAAGGAGAAGCUGUUGAUCCCGUUCACGAAGCCGUUCAUCACGUUCGUGGGGAACCCGAGGAGCCCGCCGACGAUCAUGUGGGACGACAGGGCGGCGACGCACGGCAAGGACGGCCAGCCCAUGGGCACCAUGCUCUCCGCCACCGUCGCCGUCGAGGCCGACUACUUCAUGGCCUCCAGCAUCAUCUUCAAGAACAACGCGCCGAUGGCGGCGCCGGGAGCGCAUGGAGGGCAGGCGGUGGCGCUGCGGGUGUUCGGGAGCAAGGUGGCGAUGUACAACUGCACCAUCGACGGCGGGCAGGACACGCUGUACGACCACAAGGGCCUCCAUUACUUCAAGAACUGCCUCAUCCGUGGCAGCGUCGACUUCAUCUUCGGCUUCGGCAGGUCCCUCUACGCGGAUUGCACGAUUGAGUCGGUGACGAAGGAGGUGGCGGUGGUGACGGCGCAGCAGAGGAGCAAGAACAUUGCCGAGGCCAUCGACACCGGGUUCUCCUUCCUGCGCUGCAAGAUCAGCGGCAUUGGGCAGAUCUACCUGGGGCGGGCAUGGGGUGACUCGUCCCGGGUGGUUUACUCCUACACCACCAUGGGCAAGGAGGUUGUGCCGAUCGGUUGGGACGGCUGGGAAGUCCAGAAACCCGAGCAUAGCGGGAUAUACUACGGAGAGUACAAGUGCAGUGGGCCCGGGGCGCUGCCUAGCAAGAGGAUCGGGUGGUCGCUGGUGCUGAGCGACAUCCAGGCCAAGCCCUUCACCGGAUCACACUUCGUCUACGGCGACUCCUGGAUCCUGCCGCCUCCCAAGAGCAUGUAAUUCUGCCUGGGCUGGGCUAGCUAACCACAACAUGUGUUGUGUAGGGCCGUGAUUUUUUCCAGCCCAUUGGGCCGACACCCUCUUGACUGGUUGCAGUUAAGCAGAGGUUGGUUUUAUUAUUUGUUUGGAACUAUGAUUUGAAGAUCAUAUCCAAGCAUGCAUGCACAUACUUUGCAUUAUUGGGGGGAGCAUGAUGUUCUGAGGAGCGGCUGAUGAGAAUCUGGAAUGAGUAGUUCUACAAGCUUAUGGCUUCUUUUGUAUUCGGAUUCUGAUAAUCUGAGUGAGAAUCUGUGUUGUUUGAGAAGCUGAAUAUUUUGAAUGAAGAGCUCUCUUAAGGAGUGCCUUAGUUCGGUUGUGCUUAA